UUACCGCUCCGACUCGACGGCGGCGCGCGCGGCUCCAACAAGUGUCACGAGGAACCCGCGGAGUGUUCAGGGCUCCUGUCAGGAUAUACCCACCCCACCCCACCCCACCCCACCGGGCUCGCGCCGACAGCCAUCCCGGCACAAACUCCGCGUCCACAAGACUUUCAGGGUAUGACGACUCAUUUUAAACCAAGCAAAGCAGUAAAGGUGAAGAAGGAGGCGGGUGAGAAUGCGCCAGCGCUGAGCGAUGAUGAGCUGGUGGCCAUGUCAGUGCGUGAGCUGAACCAGCACCUGCGCGGCCUCACCAAGGAGGACGUGGUGCGGCUGAAGCAGAGACGGCGCACGCUGAAGAACCGCGGUUACGCAGCGAGCUGCCGGAUCAAGCGCGUCACGCAAAAGGAGGAGCUCGAGCGCCAGAAAUCACAGCUGCAGCAAGAGGUGGAGAAGCUUGCCCGUGAGAAUGCCAGCAUGCGCCUGGAGCUGGACGCGCUGCGGGCCAAGUACGAGGCACUGCAGUGCUUCGCCCGUACCGUGGCAUGCAGCCCGCUCACACCUGCCAAGGUGGCCACCACCUCCGUUAUCACCAUCGUCAAGUCGGCCAAUCACGGCCCUUCGUCUCCGCCGUGCUCCGCUCCGUCAUAGGAGGAGGCAAGGAGUGAGGAAUUCUUCUGUCUGGUCCAAACUGGUUCCAAACCUUCCUAGCCUAAUUCUCUACUGAGAGGACACUCAGUAAUCAGACUGAAGGGGAGGCAGACUGCCAUUUUACCAUCACCUCUCUCUCUUUUCUUUCUUUCUUUUUUAAAUUUCUCAGUUUUUCCUGCACACUUGUAUACGUCCAAAAACAAAACCGUCUCCAUUGUCUGUGCACUGUGCUCUAAAGCUCCAGCACCGGCAGGCCACACUGACCCUCUCGCCUUUUCUCUGACCCAGACUGACACUUAGCAGAGAUGAGACUUGCAGACAUGGGAAUUAAGUACUUGAUCAAACCUGCCAUGACAGUCUGUGAAUGCGCUGAUGCCUGUGGUAUCUUACAUUUUUACAUCAGAGAGUGAAAACGUAUAUUAUCAAUCUAGAACACCAUUUGCAGUAUAUUCUUGUUACUGUGCUUUUUUUUUUUUGUAAAAAAAAGAAACAUUGCUGACACUUGCAAGAUAUUUGAACACCUUUGUCUUGACCUUUUGUUAGCUGUACAUGGAUUAUGUAUAGACAAUUUCAGGACUAAAAUUGAGGGCCCUGGUUAAAAUCCGGUGCGUGAUUAAUGGGUAUGAGAAACAUGGUGGUGGUAGACCAGCAAAGUCCUAAAGCCAUGUGAUAUUUUUACUUUUUUUUUUUCCUCUUUUACACACACACAUUGAUGUGCAUUCAUAAACUGAGACAACGAGGAAACAAAUGGAAAAAGCUGUAGGAAAAAAAACAACGAGUGACCCUUAUACUCGGCAACUUCAGAAUAUUUUAAUAGCACUUAAACUUUCUGUUGAAUUACGGUUUAAUAUUAUAAAAGCGCUUGCCACUUAGAAUUACAUAUAGGACUAUUCAGGACAAAGAAAUCUUUUUUUUUUUUUCCUUUUUGCAAAAAGGCACUUGUCAGACUACUAUUAUAAUAAUCCUGUCAUAAUACCCAUUCUUCUUCUAUCCUAACUUCUAUCUCCUGAUAAUAUCUACUAAAGGGCACAUUUUAUUGUCACUUAUCUUAAAAAAACAGAAACCAAAAAAAUGCUUGGCAACUUGACGUUUGGUGUUUUUUUUUUUUUUCUUUCUUCCUUUCCUCCUCGUCAGCGCCAUAAAUGGAAGGUAAUCCAUAUUGGAUAUAGAGACGUGAGCUGUCUUGGCAGAAGUAAUGCAAGUCCAUUAUUACCUGUAUAUUACAGAUUCGCUAUCGCCUCACGAAUGACAAACGAACAAGCGAACUGAAGAUCUCGAAUUCCGUCCGUUUAGAAAGCAUUCCUACUGCUAAGGUCACAAGAGGUGGCACUGCCGGUGUUGGUAUCCCCGAUUUUAAAAUGUUUUUGAAUCUGCAAAUAAUUCGAGACAGGCUCUUGGGUAAAGACAAUCCUGGUGUUUAUGACGUGACUCAAGUUUUAAAGCGUGUCAGAAAUACUGGAGGCGCUGUGAAGCCUAUGUACGUGUAACCGCUUGUUCUGUCGGUUGGUUAAUUGAUCGUUUUAGAGAAAUGACCAGUUGUGAGUUCAAUCACAUGGAAUCAGGAUUCUCUCUUACCCAAGUGACUAUGACUGUUCCUUCUUCCCUGGCGAGGCAGUUAGGGGGGAAAAUACCGUGCUGCUGUGUAGGCCGCUGUUAGCCCUGGCUCUGCGGCCUACUGCUGUGCUUUUGGCAUACUUAUUUUGUAUCUCUUCUCGAUGUUUGUUCGUUUUAUAUGUCCUUUUCAUAUCCAAAUUGAAUAUUUAGAUUUGUUGUUUUUCUGCUGAUUUUCUUUGUAUGUAUUUUAUACAGUUUAGGGCAUGACCUGCAUAUCUUGGGAGUCGUAUAAAGUUCACACAUUUUUUAUUUGUUCUGUUUGACAAAAGGCAUCCUGAUCACAUCUUACAAACCCUCCUUGCAAAUAAGGACGUGUCUAAUCUAAAAUCAGUGAACGUAUCAGUGUUGAUAAUAGUGAUCCAGGGGGUGUUCCGAGGACGUGGUUAACGCAACUCUGAGGAAGUGUAUCUUCUCGCAAAAACAAAGCCAGAGGGCUCUUGUAUUCGAACGAUUACCACUUACUCCAAGUUAACUUAACCAGGUUUGUCACUAAACCAUGUACUUGGAGUACACUCGAGUGCUUUUGCUUCUCGGAUGCUUUAGUGGAUUUAGUUAUUUAGUCACGUUAUUGUCUGUGAACUGCAGGUGUGUUUUUUUUUUUUUCCUCUUUCUUUUUGCAAGGCAUUGUGAUGAUGGGCUGACAGCAUUUCAACCUAGCUCAAGCCAGACAGUUUUUUUUUUUUUUUGUGUGUGUAGUUCUAAAUAAAUGUCACAUUUAAAUGGACAUUUUCAACUCCCACACCUUUUGCUUCUAGUUUUGCAUCAUAUAAAAGAAAACACCUAGAAAUUCCCCAGGCCUACAUAGUUUUUCACUUCCUAUUCCAUAAGAAGGAGUUUAUUUCCCUAUUCACUCCUAUCACUUCCUCUUUAAGAAUUCCAGUUCAAUUCGAUCUUUAACAUUUAAAAAAAAAAAAAAAAAAAAACACCCCUUUUCUGUGACUUGUACUGACCUCUAGUGGUGAGCUCUCAGAAUGCUGUGAACAAAUACUAGUGAAUCCAAGACACUUCCUAUACUGUACAUCAGCAUUGUUUCUUUUAUGGACCAAGCAAUUAAUUUUAAUGUAUUUUUGUUUUGUCAGAACAUUAAACACGUGGAUAAACAUCUUGCAGGCAGGUAAUACUGUCACCAGUGUUUACGUUGGCUGUUUAGGACAGUGUGUGUAAUUUAAUGUUGGAGAAAAGGACAUUAAUCAUCAAAACACCGCUUAACCCCGUUUAUCAUUCAUUUCUCUUUUAGCAUACUUGAGAUGCUUUUCUCACUAAGUGGGUACUUUUUUCCCCCCCUCCAUAUUCUACGUAUGCUGUAUGUGGCCUUUUUCUGGCUGAACAGGUUAAAUUAUUCUAUAUUUUACAUAUGACUAUAUCUAUUUUUGUGAAAGUAUAUUAUAUACACGCUCAGUCCUUAAAGCUAUUUACCAUGAACGCACAUAUUUUAACUAGUGCUCUUGACCACACUUGCCUAUAAACACACAAAGCCCACAAGGUAUGCUGCUCCAAAUGAUUGAUUACCCUGUAUUUAUCCAUGUUAAGGUUGAAUGAAAAGGUAACAGAAGCGAAGUCGUCGAUAUUAGGUGACAGCCAUGUCUAUAAGGAGCUUAUCGUUUGUUUAUGUACUGUAGGAAAGGAUAAUUUUAUUUUUUUAAAUAGCCAACCAGGCACAGACAAGUUCUGGAAAGUUUCAUGAGGUAUAAAUCUGAACAGCGAUUGUAAAUACAGACAAGAAAGGCAGCAAACCUAGGCUUUAGAUUAAAUCAUAUCAUAUAUAUAUCAUACACAUUUCUGUAAUGGUGUAAAGCAUAUCUAUUACACUUGAAAGUUGAUAUUUAUUUUGAUUUUAUUUUUUUCAACCUCUAAAUUAUUGUAUUUACAUUGUCUAACUAAUCUCAUGUACAAAUAAACUUGUGCUCUCCCCCCCCCACACACUCUGGCUGAAUAUAAGAAAGUAAAUUAUUCCUGUACAUAGUAUGCAGUGUCCAUUUUGUACUUUUAAAAUAAAGCUUCAUUUCACAAGUGUCCAUGAUGGUGAUUUAAC